AAGUUUCAGGGUAGUUACAGCUAAAAGAGACCGCAGCAAGGGAUCCUGUCACUGAGAAUGUUCAUCUUUGCCGCAGCUUUCCAACAGAACACAAUAAUAAUGAGUACUACUUCCAAUGAAGCAUCUGUGAUUGAGGUCGUUCCUCCAAAUGCAAACUGUGACAAGCCGAAGAAGAAAUUCCAAGUUGUUCCGGUUCCAGGAGAGUUUACACGUGGCAGAUGGAAAGUGAUUGAUACCAGAUUUGGGUCGGCAAUGGGAGAAUUUGGAAAUUAUCCUCCAGAAGACGAGUACAAGAUGAUCGUAACAAGCAAAAACAAUGUGAUCACCGUCCGAAAGAAAUUCCCUCGGCCGACAACAGUCACCUCUGCUCCAAUUCUCGGAGCAGAAGAGGCGGACAGCAUUCGUGUGCUACAAAAAAGUCAGCCGCGCUUCGAGCAAGUCCCAGUCACCAAUCAAAUCAAAAUACUUAUUAUGGACCCAGAAACAGCAGUGGUAACUGCUGGAAAUACUGGUAGUACUGCAUCCGAGGUGGGAACAGAUUUUGCAUUGACGAACGACAUGACAUCCUCUCCAUCAUCAGUUGCUUUGUUGAGUGGAGACCCAACAAAAAUGGAAGAUUCUGCAAAAUUGGCGACCGCCACCAGUAACACAGUUGUUGCAAUCGAUAAUAAAAUUGUACAGGCUAUGGAUUUGGUAAAAACACAUCUCACGUUUGCGGUACGGGAGGAGGUCGAGACUUUGCGGACGACAAUAACCGAUUUGGAAGCUAGGCUCAAUGCACUGCGAGAGGAAAACCGUUUACUUCGUGAAAACGUGUCUCCAGAAGUGUUGGCUUUCAUCACUGCAAACAAGCAACUUUGCGAAUAAAGGUCUCAAAAUUCUCUUCAAACAUUCCAUGUGAUUUUAUAAUCUGUCAAAUCCAAAAGAUCCCCUUCUCUGCAAUUCAAGAUACAGCAUCAAACUUCAAUAUUCAACACAACUGAAAAAAGUUCAUUUUUCAAAACAUACAUACUCUCUUGUAAAUAUGGUUUUAAAAAAGGAUUCCGUGUUGUGCUCCCCUUCAUUAAUAUUAUUGUUAUGUAUACAGAAUAAUUUCAUUCAUUUUUUCUUACUUUUUAAAUGAAUCAUAAGCGAGCUUAAAAAAGGUCAAAAUGAACUUUAUAAUCUAUU